UUCAGAUCAGAAAUCAGAACCACCAUAGAUAGUCCUCCUCCGUCUCCGUCUGUUUUCUCAGUCGAUCUAAGGUUCAUGGCUUCGCCAGAGGAGAUUGAUGAUGAUACAUCAGAGAUUCCAUCCCCGCCAAAGAACGUUUACAAGGAUCCCGACGGUGGAAGACAACGAUUCUUACUGGAACUUGAAUUCAUUCAAUGUCUCGCCAAUCCUACUUACAUCCACUACCUGGCACAGAAUCGGUAUUUUGAAGAUGAAGCAUUUAUUGAAUACUUGAACUAUCUUCAAUAUUGGCAGCGACCAGAGUACAUCAAGUUCAUAAUAUAGGCAACAGUUUUACUAUUGGAAGAACUACAGAAACAACAGGCUGAAGCACAUUCUACCUCGGCCUCUUCCAGAGCCUAUAGCUCCACCACCACCACCUGCACCUUCAACUUCUUUGCCACCUGCACCAUCAGCAACUGCUGCUCUCUCUCCAGCCCUUUCUCCCAUGCAGUACAAUAAUAUGCUUUCUAAGAAUGACACCAGGAAUAUGGGGGCUGCUGGUAUUGAUCGUAGGAAGAGAAAGAAGGGUACAUAAGCAUUUCUUUCCCUGAAGCACACACCAUGGUGCCGGAUAUGCUUUCCUGCGUUUCCUAGGGGGAAGCCUACUUGACUCAGGUUACAAACAUGUUGGAAACUCGGUAUACUCAUUCCGUGUUAUAGGCCGUAGCUGAAAGUUGUCAUACAUGGUGUUCAGUAUUUGUUUAUGAUACACAACCCCCAAUCACUAUCAGUCUUUGUCUUU